AUGGCGGAUAUAUUCAGCAUCUUGGGUCAGUCGUUGAAGCAGACUGCUAACGGCUCGUCGCUCUCCGGCUCCUCUAUCGACGACCUCCAGGCGCAUCUACGCAAGGCCCUCGAGACAAAAGUAUCGGCGGCGAAAGCCGAGCAUAUUUCAUUUACUUACGAGCUUCACUCCGCGACGCGCUUCACCAUCCCGAGUUCCCAGAACGAAAAUGAGCCCUUCAGCGCGCUCGACGGGGGCGUCACUCCGAUGUCCAUACCUGACGGUUCCAACUGGCCGUCGCGCAUUAUUUCGGCGAACGAAACGAUUAUGAACCAGCCGCAGGAUGACCCCGUGUUGCAGAAGCUUGUCGCGAGGCAUAUUGCUACAGCGGUUGGUGCGUGUGACGGCGGCUCUUGGGUUGUGAGGGAAGUGUCGAGAAAGCCCCAUGGAUGGACGUUCACCUAUAUCUGCAAGCACUCGACACAGGCGUGGCUUCGCCAGAACGCAAAGAGUGUGCAGAAUAUCAUUGUCUGCGACUAUAGCGCGAAGGAAUUAGACCCUAUCUCUGCAAGUCGGCCCGCAUUUGACUGCCGAGGGGCUUUGAUUAUCUCGUUUUCUAGAAGUUCUCGAAAUAUCACGAUUAAAUACAAUCAUACUCCCUUCCAUAAGACUGUCGCCGAACUUCUCGUACUCUUCGCGCCGCCGCCUCGACCCACUGCUCCCGCUGUCGUUCCAACACCAAAGAGCGCCAAACCUAGCCGCAAGAGAGAUGCUCCUAACGGUUCCGAGGAUGGAAGCGCAAGGAAGAGGCCCCGGACAAAGAAGAGUAACGGCACUGCAGCUAGUGGUGAGCAAGGGUUACCCGAUGCGGAUGGCUCUACGCUGGAGAUCACCAUGCUUGAUGCAUCGACGCUCAGUACUCCUGGAGGUGAAGCCGCUGGUGAGGGUUCUGCGAGGCCAAGGCCAAAGAAGAAGAGAGCCCCGAGGCCCUCGAAGAAGAAGGUGAAUGAGCAGUCCGGUGAUACAGCAUCCGCAGCCAAUGAUCAGACUCCAAAUGAAACGGUGCCCGGGGCGGCGACUACGAUGAUGACACAGAUCAACGUUGAUCCGGAGGAGGCAGAACGAAGACAUCAGAGGGCCAUUGAGCUUCUACAGGGUGCUGGAAUUGAUCCCAAUACACUAUCGUCCGAUCAGUUCAAUAUCUUUGCGAACCAAUCUCCCGCACUGCAGCAGGAGUCGCUAACGAUGUUGAUCCAAUAUGGUGCCGAGAGAUUAAGAAUCGUGCAUCCGAAUAAGGAUUCCUCAGCGGCGACCCAGAAUUCUCCAGCUGCUGAGCCAGCAGCCCAAGCUAGCGAAGCUGAUGAAUCCGCGUUGGGGGAUACUUCCUUGCCUCAAGAAACUCAAUCGACUCCCGGCGCUAAGACAGCCGGCAAACAGCGGUUGACGCGUGGGUCUUGCUCAAAUUGCAAGGGCAAAAACAAAUGCGGCAAAGAAAAGCCGGCAUGCCGAAACUGCAUCGAUGCAGGUGACGAAUGUGUCUACCCCCUUCAGAAGGCCAGACCCGCGAAGCCGAAGUCGGCUGCCACCAUGAUCGAGGACGCAGAUGUGGAGGUGGAGGCGGACAUAGACGCAGAAGUUGAAGCCGAGACUUCGCAUGUGCCUGGGGAGGAUGUCAUGACGCCCCAUGACCUGGACAACGACCCGCAAGCCAUCAUUACUGAUACUCCUCAGCCUCAUUUUAUCCAGCCUUCGAAUAGCUUAGGCGUUGGCUCGACCACUCAACAGGACGGUCAGAAUGUCCCAGUCCAUCCAUAUCCCGAGUUCGUUUCUCAACUGUCCCAGCCUCCUGAACCAACUUCAACUCCAGCACCAGUUGUUGCCCCAUCGAUGGCCCAAGAGCCCACCGAGGCUAAGAAGAAGAAGAGGCGCCGUACCUUACCCUCGGCGCCCAUAAACAAGAGGAAGAACGACCACAUUCCCCUCGCUCUCCCAGAAUCUCCAGCCACCAGCGCUUGGGGAACGGCCACCGUCAAUCCCUCAACGUUGAUGAAUCCGUCCGGCGGAACCAAUCAAACGACCACGACCACGACUCCGACCAGCACGUCGCAAUCCUAUCUGAACACCCAACAUGUAGCUGCGGCUACGCAUGCCAUUCUCCAAGAAGAGAACAGAAGGUCGUCGACCCAUGCAGCCCAGAAAUCUCAGACCGGACGAUCUCCGUACCAAGUUACAGCACCAGCUCCUAGGGCCAAGUCACGGCAAAGCAACCGCGCUCAGAGCCGUACUCCCGUUCCGGAGAGAGCGCCAUCCCGCGCGUCCAAUACAUCUGCCCUGCAGUAUCAACAGCAAACGCAGCCGCGAGCACAGCAGCAAGCUGUGACGGGAGCGACUGCAAUAAUGGGAGUAGGUGUAGAUUCUUCCGCGCGCCAGAACAGUGGUAGUUCUCGUACGGCGCAAACGACUACGAGGAGUCCAGAUGUUGCGACGUAUAAUGCGGCUCCCUCAAUGAGUGGGCUGGGAAACUUUAACUAUACGGAAUUUCCUUCGCAGACGCAGAACGAAAGCGACCAGACGAGUCACCGCAUCGCCUACGAGCCGUACUCUAAUCAUCCUACGGCGGCUUCAGCGAAUAACCAGUCGUACACGUAUGAUAAUUCCAAUCGCUCGUCGACAUCCAACGCCACCGGACUGUCCUCGUCUGCAACCCAGUCGAGGACGACGGGCUACUCCGCCUCCACUUCUACCUCAGCAUCACAUUGGGGUCAACAGCAAAUGACCAACACGAACAGCACAGUCCCAUCCACCCCUUCGACCUCAUCGUACUCCCAACCCUCUCUUACCGCCCCAGUCUCGUCGUACUCUCAACCAUCUCUCACUACCUCGGCGUCGUCGCAGAAUUACUUUAACCUCCGUGACAGUAGUAGCACGACCACCACUACCACUACACAUGGACCCUCGAACCCCUAUACCCAGAAAGCCCCGCAGCAGUCGCGGCAACAAUACCCAACAUACAAUCCCCAACCAGCAAAACAAGCGCAGAUGGCGAAGCAGUCCGUGCAGCAGCAGCGUCGCCAAAACACACACCAACAACAACACCAGCAACUACAGACGCAGACACAGACCCAAAACCACCAUCAGCAGCGGACCCAACAGAACUGGUACGGCUUCGACUCCUCCGCCACGACAUCGUCGGCGCAGAACAACUAUCGAUCAGCCCGCGAUAGCCACUCGGGUUACGUCGGCGCCGGGUCAUACCAGCACCACCAUAAUUCCCUCAACCUGCCGAACCAUGGGGGUUCGUACGGGGGUGCUGAUAACGAUCCGCUUAUUGAUUUGCUGGGCGCGUCCGUUCACCACCGCCACUAG